AUGGCCAUGUCGCUGAGCGCUGACGAUGAGGAUUACGACUCAGAGGCUGAGCAGGUUAGUUAGCACACUGAACCCAACCCCUCGGGACAAAGCAAAGGAGAGGAAUGUGUAUGUGUGUGAGGCACAGCGACUUGAGCUGAGCAGUGGUAGAUGUUGUAGGGAUCUGGAGCCACCUAAAGAGAAAUGCUGUUUCUGUGUCAGUGGUAUCCUCCUUUCUCUUGUUGUUUCUUUUCAUCCCUGUACUUUUCGGUGUGUGUGUGUGUGUGUGUGUGUGUGUGUGUGUGUACCUGGUAAGUGCAGGAAGAAGGCACUGACUGUUCAGACAGCAGUGUCACUCCUCAGGGCAGCUACUGGUUGUUCCAGAACAGGGAAGAAAAAAGAGAUCAACAACAAGAAUGCCGUGUGUGUGAUCAGACCGAAAGAUGCAGAUUAGAGAUUCAUUAAUGGUGAGCUUGUGUAAGCAUGUACGAACAGGGAAGAAUAAAUCAGAUGCAUUUGAAUAGAUUUACUGUGUCUGCGUAUGUGUAUGGUAAUGAGAGAAAAUAAAGUUUGAUGUGUAGCGUAUGAAUUGUGUUUGGCACAGCCUACAAAUUGUGUAUGUAAACAGUGAGGAAGAUUUUGUGUUUGUGUAUAGACUCCUCUGGAUUCCACCCCCCUUUCCAAUUGUACACUGACUGGGUUGUGAUAUCAUUGGAUACAGUUGAGUUCCUUCCGCAGAUGAGAUGGCGGAAGAUCCCCCCCCCCCAGCCCCCCGUUUUUGCUGUAAAUAUUAACACAAACAGUUUGUACGUGGUGUUCAUCAAUAUCAGAUGAAAACAUAUCACCAUUUCAAGGGUCUGGUUGCAGAUUGUUGUACAGUGCUAUGAGAUAUUGAUAGAUUGAUUGAGGUAAAUUGCAACAAGUUGUUAGUGAACGGUAACUUGUGAAUUCCUUGUCCUUUUUGAGUGUUUGUUAUAGCAAGAGCAAGUAAAUCCCCCAGAAGCUUAAAAUAUAAGUGUAGUCAAUGUUUGGACAACACUUUUUGGGGCAUUGGUAACACGCCUUUUUGAUUGCCAUUUCCAUGAAGUAGCCUCAAAUAAAUAUUGUGAUGUGAUAACGAUUCCUAUUUUUUGACUACCUCUGGGCGAUCACAGUGCCUCAGGUUCUGAGAAAGCCUUGCAUCUAUAAUCCCUCGCUCACGUUUCCUCUUGAGGUUUAUCAGCAGUAUUUCAUCUAAGAUCACACAUCAUAUGUGUUUGUACUGUAUGACUGUGUGGGUAUGGGCUAUGCAAAUUGAGUAGGUCCUCCUGUGUUCCGCUGUGACGCAGUAGCUUAUUGCACUGUGGCUUCUACUCCUACUCCUCUGCUGAACCUCAGCUUUGCUGAGCUAAGGAAUAGCCUGCUUAUAUAGAGUAACGCUCAUCUUCAUACCUUACAGCUACAUCAUGUACGUGUGUGUGAUCUGGGAAUGCAUUACAUCGUUUACAGAUUAACCUGUCAAACUACUAGGCAUUAAAGGCUUUGUUGCUGAUGAGAUGGAGAGGCUACAUUUCUGAUGUCAUUGCACGUCCUUGCAAGGAGAUGGCACGCUCCCCAUACAGUCUCCAUUGGGAUAUGAUGUGGAACAUCUGUCACUGAAAGUGAUCCUAGCUUCCUGUGACCGUGAUUAUGGUAACUGAGACUGACUGAUGGGUCAGUUCGGGUUCUGUGACUAGACUCUCUUCCUCUAUGUAGAUGGUGAUUUAACCCCUUCUGUCACUGCUCAAUAGGAAUCACAUUGUGCGUUUAUCCCUUCAAGGGGUGUUGUAUCCAGACAUGGUGGAGACCAGGGGAUUUUGGAGACAAUGUGGAGGGCUGUCUGGAACAUCUUUUCUCAUGUGUGGUCCUUUGGCCUCCUGGCCUCAGGUCUGAUCUCACGAUAGAGCUACUCUUUUAAGGCAGGUUAACUUCAAGAUCACUAAAUGCUGUCAGGUAACAGGUUACAUAAGGAAAUCUGAUAUGGGAAAUGGAUGAUAUGUCAGUGUCUUGUUGCUUGUGACAUACACAACAUGACCAAAAGUAUGUGGACACCCAUUUCAUGAAGCUCCCGACAAACAGUUAUUGUGCUGAUGUUGCGUCCAGAGGCAGUUUGGAGCUCGGUAGUGAGUGUUGCAACCGAGGACAGAUGAUUGUUACGUGCUUCAGCACUCGGCGGUCCUGUUCUGUGAGCUUGUUAAAUAAGGAACACUUACCACUUCGCGGCUGAGCCGUUGUUGCUCCUAGACAUUUCCACCUCAUAAUAACAGCACUUACAGUUGACCGGGGCAGCUCUAGCAGGGCAGAAAUUUGAAUAACUGACGUGUUGGAAAGGUGGCAUCCUAUGACGGUGCCACGUUGAAAGUCACUGAGCUCUUCAGUAAGUCCAUUCUACUGCCAACGUUUGUCUAUGGAGAUUGCACGGGUGUGGCUGAAAUAGCCAAAUCCACAAAUGUUGAAGGGGUGUCCACAUACUUUUUGUAUAUAUAGUGUUUGUCAAGGUGGUGACCGGUGACACAGGACAGGUCAUGGAGCACUGUACUGUGUAUGUCCAUGCUUUGUUUCUUUUAGUUUUAGCAGUUCCUUGGCUCAGUCAGACCCCCAGUCUAUAAUCCUAACAGAGACCCUCGGAUUCCACCACCGAUUUAGAUUUCCCCCAAUAUCCAAAAUAAUCCUCUCUGGCUGUUGCCUGGAUCUCUGAAUACCCCAGCCUGGACACUCUGCUUAGUGUCUACUUGUUUUAGGAUAAGUCUAGAACAAGGCAAGGAUUUAGCCUUGGACCCUGCUGUUCUUUUAUGUGUGUUGAUCAAAUCGCUGAUUGAUUGUGUUUUCUCUGUCCAGUGGUAGCUGGGUUGGUUACAGUGCUGAUGUAUUUGUAUAUGACAGUAAAACAUUAUUUAUGAUGACUUUAACAUUUGUUGGCAUCUUCAAUUCUUGCACAGGUAAAUUUGCUGAACUGCUAAACUUGGAACCAAUCAGGACUCCCGUACAUAACCGUUGUGAUGAAGGCAGCCAAUGGCCUGCUUCUAUCUAAGAUGUAAACACAGGCUCACGUGAAGACUGUGUGAUGAAGAGAAACAUAUAGCUAGCCCCCAAAGACUGAAAUAAGAUAAAUAUCUGUUUUUGUGUAUUUGAAAUAUGCAUCAUGCAAUUCGAAUUGACUUGAUUGUAUGAAGAGGUAACUCCGUCGACCAUUUAGCCAAUUUAUUGAAAGCGAGCCAAUGUUGCAGUUUGACUAGCCUAGCCAACUAAUACUGUACAUGUAAAUUUGCCUGCUCAGGAAGUUAGUGUUUCAUUAGUUAUGUCAGUGAAAAGCAUUUGAGUCAUGCUUUGGCAUGAUUGUCUCAUUUCAAGUAAAUAGCUGCAGACUUAAAGAAACAUUAAAUCAUAUAAUUUGCAUAGAAACCCAAAUAUAAUCAUGUAGAUGAAAAGGUAUGUUUCAUGUAUGCUAGAAUGGAGGUUUAAAAAUGACAGCUGCAUAUGCAUAUUAGUCAAAACAUAGAAUAGAAUGAAACUUUAUUGUCCAUCCAGGAUGGACAUUUUUCUUUGGCAUCACUUUAUAUUGAAAGGAUCACAUACAUUCUCACAUCACACACAUUUAAACCAGUCAGUCCGUCAUAUUGCGUACACAAAAAACAGAGGACAUUGAUACAUUCACUCACAACUGAACGCUGUCCCAACUGCACUGGAUAGAUAAGUACAAAUACCGAUACAAUUUACGUUGCAUUUAGUAGUCCAACAGCUCAAGGAACUAAUGAAUGUUUGAACACGUUCUACUUGGCCAUGUGCAUUCUGAAGCACUGGUCAGAGGGAGGCCUCUCGAACUGAGGGUGUAGAGGGUGUUAGGGGUCGCCAACAACCGCCAGUGCCUUCCUUUGGGACCGACUGCUCAACUGUGCCUGUGGUCGACCAAUUAUUUUGCUGGCUGUGUUUACUAUUCUGGUUAGUUUGCUUUUGCUCCUCACGCUCAGAUUACCAUACAAGAAUGUCAUAUUGAACGUGAAGAUGCUCUCCACCAAGCUGCUGUACACCCUCUCCAGAACAUCCUGGCUGACCCCAAACCCCUUCAAUUUCCAGAUUUAAAAACAGGCGCUGGCUUGCCAAAAAAAAAAUACAGUCUGCAUUCUCUGUAAAGCUCAGCGUGUCAUCAAUUUGUGUCCCUAGGUAUCUGAAACACUCAACACGGUUGGUCGUUCAGACAGAGUGGUUGGGACAUUGGCAGGUUGUUGCCUUUGAUCAGCUCCUUUGUCUUUUCCACAUUGGUUUUUUCUGGCACCGUUCUUGAAGGUUGUUGGCCUGUAUAAAAUAGCUGUCCCCAUCUGACGUAGCAUCUUUAAAGAGUCCCACCAGAGCCAUGUCAUCCGCGUACCUGAAAAGGCUCACAUUGUUUCCUUGGAUUUUCAUCUCGUUUGUGUAGAUAGAGAACAACAACGGUAAAAGGACACACCCCUGGGGCGCCCCUGUGUUCAGGGUCAGUUCAUCAGAGAGGGCCCUAUUCACGAGGACCCUCUGUGGGCGGUCAGUUAAAGUCCUUGAUCCAACCUGCGAGGCCUCCGUUGACAUUCAGGUCCAGUAGUCAUUUCAGCAGUGUGUGUGUAUUUGCAUUAUAUUGAAAGCUGAACUAAAAUCAAUAAAUAAAAUGUGUGCAUAUGAUUUUGCAUGUUGAAGGUGACUAGCCACCAUGUUCACCAAGGUCAGGGUAGCAUCCUCUGUGCCUUUAUAGGCAAACUGUAACGGGUCCAGUUGAUCUGCUAUGGACUGGGUAAGGUGCUUACCGACUACCCUUUCCAUGCAUUUGGCCAGAAGGGUGUAUGAGGGCCACAGGCAGAAAGUCAUUUGGUGAUUUGGCCCCUGGCUUUUUAGGCACUGGUACAAUGGUUGACACCUUCCAGGAGUUUGGCACUGUGCAAGUGCUCAGCAGGAGUUGAAACAGUCGUGUGAAGACUCCCUUGAGCUGGCCGGCGCAAACGUUCAGUACUUUGCCCUGUAGUCCGUCUGGGCCCGGUGCUUUGUGUGGCUUGAUAUGUGAUAGGCAUGAGGCCACCUCAUUCUCUGUUAUCUGGACAGGAGAGGAUUUGGGGAUGAUGUCACAUAUGUUCACAUUUGUCAUUAAAAUCACUGGUGUCAAAUCUUCCAUAAAAUAAUAGUUACGGUUGUUUACAAAGGAUGAACAGUCGGCCAUUUUCUUGUUCUCUCUUUUCCUUUCUCAUCCCAUCAUUGCAUUAAGGCCCUCCCAUGCUUGUCUUGGAUUGCCUGUACAAAGAACCUCUGCUCCACUUGAUCCUUUUUAGCGUUCCACAUUUUUGACCUGAAUUCAUUUUCUUUCUCCUUUACAGCAUCAGUAUCUCCUUUCAGGAAUGCAAACUUCCUUUCAUUGAGGCACAUUUUCAAGUCCUUAGACACCCAGGGCUUGUUGUUGGGAAAUACUCUGACAGUUUUUGUGUUAAUGACAGUAUACUCACAGAUCUGGAUGUAUGAUGCGAUGCUGUCUGUCAACUCAUGGGGAUCCCUGCACGAGUCAAAGAACACCUUCCAGUCUGUGACGUCAAAGCAGUCCUCGAGCUCCUCCCUGCUCUCAUCUGUCCAUACCUGAAUGGAUUUCUCUACAGGUUUUUCAAGUUUCACGUUCUGCCUGUAUCAUGGUAGGAGUUGAAUAACGUUAUGGUCUGAUCUCCCGAUGGGUGCUCUGCGCACUGCCUUGUAUGUGUCAUCUAUGUUGCCAUAACACUGGUCCAGGAUGUGAGUUGAACAGGUGACGUAUUGUUGCAGAGUGGGGAGGUGUGCGGAGAGGGAGAGCGUAUUAACAUCCCCAAGCACAAAUACUGGCUGGUCAGCCGAUCAUGAAAGCGCAGCAUUGAAACAGUCUGUAGUCCUGUCAGCAGCUUCCUUAUUGUAAGGUCCAGGCACAUAGACCAGAAUAAUGUUAAUCUGUCCAAACUCGCGUGGUAGAUCGAAUGGCCUGGAUGAUACAACGAGAAUCUCAUAGUCUCUGGUGCACACUUGUUCAAUGACGUUACACUACGUGGCCCAAGUAUUAUCUACAACGAUACAUAGCCCCACGCCUAUUGAUUUAUGUGAUAUUGUUUUGUCUCGAUCUGCUUAAAUAAGUGUAUCCAUCAAUGUUAACAUCAAUAUUGUCCUGCUUGAGCCAUGUUUCUGUAAAGCAGAUUUAGAUUUCUUCUCCUAAAGUCCUCUUCGAAUUUAGCCCUCGCCGCUAACUCGCCCAAGUUAUUAUUUAGUGACCGCAUAUUUGACAGGGUGAUCACUGGGAGCGGGUGACUGCUUCCCCGCCUCCGUAGUCUGUUCUACAACUGUUGAUUGGUGUCCACCUGUGGUAAUAUCUUCUGUGUUCUUGUUUGUGUACAGUACAUCUAUAUAACGUGUGUGUGUGUGUGUGUGUGUGUGUGUGUGCGCGCGUUUUUAUGAGCAGCAUUUACAACAUUAUCUUGGCUCCGGGCCAGUAAUAACAGAGGGGAAAAUAAACUCUGUCAGGAGGAAAUGGACUCAAUAAUGGAAAGUGCUUCACAUCAAAGCAGUCCUCCUCCCCAUCUCUCACUGCCUUCCAAUUGAAUUUUACAGCACAUUUUAAGCCCACUCCCUGUUACGUAACACUGUUAAAGUGGUCCAUGUUUUGGCAUACCAUUUUUUUAUUAUAGUAAAACAAAUAAUUUAACCCUUAUUUUACCAGGUAAGUUGACUGAGAACACAUUCUCAUUUACAGCAACGACCUGGGGAAUAGUUACAGGGGAGAGGAAGGGUGAUGAAAGAGCUAAUUGGAAGCUGGGGAGGAUUAGGUGGCCAUGAUGGUAUGAGGGCCAGAUUUGGAAUUUAGCCAGGACACUGGGGUUAACACCCCCUACUCUUACGAUAAGUGUCAUGGGAUCUUUAGUGACCACAGAGUCAGGACACCCGCUUAACCUCCCAUCCGAAAGACUGCACCCUACACAGGGCAAUGUCCCCAAUCACUGCCCUGGGGCAUUGGGAAAUUGUUGGGGGGGAAUAGAGGAAAGCGUGCCUUCUCCUGGCCCUCCAACACCACUUCCAGCAGCAUCUGGUCUCCCAUCCAGGGACCAACCAGGACCAACCUUGCUUGGCUUCAGAGGCAAGCCAGCUGUGAGAUGCAGGGUAGUAUGCUGCUGGCAAAAUGUUGCUAGGUAAACAUAGAAGCACAUUCAGACCAAGCUUUUAAGAUGUUUGAGUGCAGAUGAUUUGAGUUCGAAAAAUGUAAUGUUCUCACUUGAGUGCGGUUGGAUGAUGGCUUCAUCCCUGGUCCUGUGUUUUCCAUAGAAAGUGGAAGUAGAUAGUUCGACCAGAGAUCUGCGUAUAACCGGUUAUAAUAAAGGCUCUGCUGCCAGUGACUCAUCACUUAAUUGGUCAACUGCUAGCAUUGAUUAGAUUAAUCAAUUCACCUGGUUUCCCUAAUCAGCUACCAGUUCAGGGGUCAAUAUUACAGCAAACACUGCAGCACCCCGUAGACCUGAUCCAUCUGUCUCUGUACCUUUUUAGUGUGGUUGUGCUAUAAAGACACCUGACUCUCCUUCCUCUCCCUCUACUUCUUCUACUUUCAGCAGCAGCGGCCUCCCAACAGACCCAAACCCAAAAUGGCGGCCACAUCUCCCGCGGCGGCGGUCAAGCUGUCGGCCAGCCGGAGCACGUCUGGCGCCCGGAGGAGGAGGACGCGUUGUCGGAAGUGCGAGGCGUGCCUGAGGACAGAGUGUGGAGAGUGCCACUUCUGUAAAGACAUGAAGAAGUUUGGAGGGCCAGGUCGCAUGAAACAGUCCUGCAUCAUGAGGCAGUGUAUAGCGGUAGGUCUCCUACUAAUCUUAACUACAGUAAGUCUGUUUGGCUUUUUAUUGUGAAAUGUUUUAAAUGGUCAAACUAAAACUAACCUGCAAAGUGCACUAUGUGUGUAGAGUGAGUUUCUAAUAUGCUGUUUUGUCUCCAGCCUGUCCUGCCCCACACAGCAGUGUGUCUGGUGUGUGGAGAGGCAGGGAAGGAGGACACAGUGGAGGAAGAGGAGGACAAGUUUAACCGCAUGCUCAUGGAGUGCUCCAUCUGCAAUGAGAUAGUCCAUCCUCUCUGCCUCAAGGUAAACCGCUCAGUACAGUGUGUGGAUGCUGUCUCUGAGCCUCUCAUAUCUCUGUAUGUGAUUGGUUGAUUCAGUGUGAGCACUUACAUUACUGCAGUGUAUUUGUUUAUGGUUGCCCUUCAUCCUAUAGAGGACUUCUAUGCUGCAAAUGAUAAACGAUAGCUUUGCUUCUUACUGUCUCACUUUUACUUGUGCUUCCUAUCACCUUCACCCACUCACUACUUGUGCUCUCUUGUUCAGGUGAAAGAUUCCGGUGGAGUUGUAAAUGACGAGUUGCCAAACUGCUGGGAGUGUCCAAAAUGCAACCAUUCAGGGAAGACAGGGAAAGUAAGCAUCUAUGUGGAUGUGGAAAUGAAUGUUCUUGGCAGAAUAUCUAGGCUUUGCUCUGUUCAAGACCUCAAAUGUAUUGUAAAAAUACGUUUGAAUUACAGGUGUCCUGAAACAAAUAGGCAAAAGAUAUAAAGUAGUCUUCUCUUGUUUCUCACCUUUUGGCCGUCAAGCAAAAAAGAGGACCAGGGUUCAAGUACGCAUCCAACCUUCCCGGGUCGCUACUGAAGGACUCACGAUUGAACCGUGACAUCAAGGAAGAGCCCGAGCCUCCCAGUGUGCCAACCUCACCCACUUUGACCAUGGCAACCGUGACCACAGUGAAAAGGAAGGCGGAGCGUGAAGACACCCCCAAAAGGAAAGCAGAGGAAUCUCCUCCUCUGAAGAAACGUUCUCCCAUGCUCUCUCUGGGCGGGCUACCCCGACCCAGGCCUGAGGACAACCCUCUGAGGAAGAAGAGGAUGCUGUUCGACAUCAAAGAUGAGGAUGAGCCUCCUGUUGUCAAGAAAAAGGUAAUUUAUCCAACAGACUUCAGCCUGAUCAUGGAUAAUUACGUUUAUAAUGAAGUAUCUGUACUAAGCAUUCCUCUUGAUUUGAGAAAAUGUGAUAAGGCCCAGAGUUUAUUUUGUGAUUUGAGAAUUGUAAACCACUUACUUGUGAAAAAUAUAUAAUGUAGAAGAUCUUCUAAAAAGGCCACUUCAAACUAUAAAGUGGAUUGUAACAAAUGAAUGUCAGAGGAACUGAUCUGCUCCAUAUGUUCCCUUACAGAAGAAGCCCCCAAAACCUGAUGACCUUUUGAUCCCCAAACUGUUAAAGCCCAUCAAGCAAGAGCGAGUGGAUGAGGACGAAGAACACAAAGCCCAUGAAGAUGAAGCGGAGGAUAGAUACACAGGGGACAGGGUUACAACUAAAGGGAAAAGACAAGAAGAGGAAGAGGAUGGAGAUAAGGAGGAGGAGGAGGAGAAAGAUGGUGGUGGAGAGGACUGUAAAGACGGUACAGUAAAGACUAUGCUGAGUCCACUGCUACGGACGUCUGCAGCCAGAGAGAGUGACCAGUCCUGCUCCAGCUCUCCCCGGGCAGGGCCCAGCAGUGAAGGGUGCGAUGCCCCAGAGAAGACACCUGGCCAGCUGAAGGCACGCAAGCGCCGCCGCCUCCCCAACAAAGAGCUGAGCAAGGAGCUGAGCAAAGAGCUCAACCUGGAGAUCCAGAAGACCGAGGACUGCCUGGCCAAUCAGAACCGCAGACCACUGAAGAGGGAGGACAGCCCAGCCAAUAACAGCCGUCGACCCUUGAAAACGGAGGACUCCUCGACCAAUCCGAACCGCAGACCACUAAAAACAGAGGACUCCCCUGCCAAUCAUAACCGCAGGCCAAUUAAGACUGAGGAUGGCCUAUCCAAUCACAACCGCCGCCCAUUGAAGACUGAGGACAGCUUAGUCAAUCAGAACCACAGGUCAAUGAAGACAGAGCCUGAGAGCGACGGGGAGGAGCCGAAGCCGAAGCGGCCACUCAACAACUGCAGCAGUGACCUCGGAGACUGGCUCCACCCCAGGGGGCGGGAGGUGAACGGGACGCCCCGCCAGCUCUCGCCCCUUGGGUGGAACCGCAGCCCUCCGAUCACGGCCAUUUGCCCACGCCCCCCUCCCUGCCGCUCACCGCCCAAGUGUGUCCAGAUGGAGCGUCACGUGAUCCGGCCGCCUCCCAUCAGCCCCCCGCCAGACAGACUGCCCCUGGACGACGGACAGGUCCACGUGAUGCGCAGGGAGGUGUGGCUGGCCGUGUUCGGACACCUCGCACACAGAGACCUUUGUGUCUGCAUGCGCGUCUGCAAGACCUGGAACAGAUGGUGAGUGUUAAGAUGUGCUGCAGCUGUCAGAUAGACCAAGGGCUCUGAUACCAAGUUAAACCAGUCAGUCUUGUGAAUUAGUGGGUUGUGUUUUUCAUAAUGGUCCUUGUUCAUUGGAACUACAGUAUGGACACUAAACUGUAAGGCUCAUAGCUAGACUAGAGCUCUCACCUCAGCGUAGUCUUUCCACAGUCGUAGCUAUGGUGGCUGUGUGAUCAUAUACUAACCUUUGCCCCUGCCUCCCCAGGUGCUGUGAUAAGAGGCUAUGGACGCGGAUCGAUCUGAACCGCUGCAAGUCCAUCACUCCCCUCAUGCUGAGUGGCAUCAUCCGCAGACAGCCUGUGUCGCUGGACCUCAGCUGGACCAACAUCUCCAAGAAGCAGCUCAGCUGGCUCAUCAACAGGCUGCCAGGUAAACACCAGGCAGCAGUGUUGUAACUGACACAAUGUGCAUAGCCCUCUGUGCCUUUAUAACAGAAUGGUCUGAACUGUAUAGGUAUGUAUGUAUACACAGAGCUGUUAUACUGUAUCUCUGUCCAUGGCUCUGGGUACACACUGCAAACCUGAUGUCACCAUUGCAGUCUAUUACAGUGCUUCUCUGUACUGAGGGUAUUGACAUGAACGUAUUUAAUGUAACGCUGUCUUUGUUUCCAUGGUUGGGUGAGCUGCUCCGGCAUGUCUGAUGAUUGUAUCCCCAGGGGUUCCUGAGUGUUUCAGACGGUUUGCUUUGUUUCUGAUGCAUUCCCUCUCAGGAUCAUGCCGCGACUGUAAUCACAUUUGCAUAGUGAUUGUUUUUGUUUCCUUGUUUUUGCAGCCUCAGGUUAACGAACUGUUGGAGACUAAUACGAUUGCUAAAUGGAAAAUCACAAUUAGUCUCCCCCCCCCCCCCCCUCAAAGAUUGAAAAUAGCAGCAGAUAAUGUUACAUGUUUUUAGUUUAGAGUUAGUUAGUUAGUUAGUUAGGACUGGCCUAGUUGGAGGGCAGGAGCCCUAAUGAUGUAUUAUUCUGGCUUUAGUUUUUUUGUCACAGUGCUAGGGUGUUAGCAGGUGCUAGCGUGUUAGCAGGAUUUGAGAGAGAGUGAUGAUGUUGAGUUUUGACCCCUGUUAACCCCUGACUGUUGUCCCUGCAGGUCUGCGCAUGCUGCUGCUCUCAGGCUGCUCCUGGGCGGCUGUGUCUGUCCUCUGCACUGCCAGCUGCCCGCUGCUGAGGACCCUGGACGUCCAGUGGGUAGAGGGGCUCAAAGACGCCCAGAUGAGGGACCUGCUCUCACCCCCAACAGACAACAGACCAGGUAUAUUCCCACCAUCCUCCAAUGUGUUAUAAUGACCAUCUGGACACAUGGCGUGAAGUUUUGAACAGCAUGUCAAUGUGCUUUGCGAUCCAGUCAGGCUGCAGCAGCCCAUCCAUGUCAGGUCUUGCUGUGCUCUCUGGUGCCCCCUUGUGGCUGUCUUUACAGGCCACACAGCUGGAAACGCUUGCACCUGAUUGUGCGCCUAGUAGAAGUAAGGAAGCUUAGAAACAACUUGACACAUUCAAUCUCUCCGUCUUUCUCUCUCCCCCUCUCCCUCCCUAGGUCAGCUGGACAACAGGAGUAAGCUGCGGAACGUGGUGGACCUGCGUCUGGCCGGGCUGGACAUCACCGACACCUCCCUGCACCUCCUCAUCUGCUACAUGCCCCAGCUGACCAGACUGGACUUGAGCUACUGCAACCACGUCACUGACCAGUCGGUCAACAUCCUGACUGCUGCAGGGAGCACCACCAGAGACUCACUCACUGACAUCAACCUCUCCGGUAGGAGGAUACAAGGCCAUGUCAGAAUGUCCCUCCUGCCUACUGUUUACUGAAAGUAUUUACUAACAGUAGCAGUACUACUCACUAGUUAGAACAUAUUGGUUAGAAUCCAGACACAGCCAUUGACUGUUCAUUGCAACGUUCAUUCAUUGCUUCAUGGCAUAGGUCUUGGCAUGUUCCCAUUCAUUGCUUCAUGGCAUAGGUCUUGGCCUCCUACUGAGAAGAAUGCACCCCCCCGUAAAGACAUGUAACGUCCUCAUGGAUGCCAAUUGAUUUUUAUAUAUCUAUCUCUAUAUCGAUCUAGAUUAUUAUUUUUAAACGUUUUCUCUAAAAAGCUUUGUUGCACAAUUAACAGUCAAUACACCUCAUUUCAAACAGUCAGGAAUAAUCUAAUGAAUUCAGGGCUUGUGAAAUUGCACAUAGGCUAAAUAUAAGCCUUCCACAACCAUACUAAUAAUGUAAAUAUUAUAUAAAAAUAGUUUAACCUGCUUUUGUUGUUGUUGCAAUAAUCACUGAUCUGGCUUUCAAGUCUGUCUAUGAAAAUGCCAUUUUGUUACAAAAUGACCCAGAACCAUGCAUAAUGCAAAUCCACUAAUUAUGACCAACUUAUUGUAGCAGGCAUUAUAGAAAAUGAACACAGGUCUCAUAAACAAUAUCUCAAGCACAAGCCCAUGUGCUAGUGAGUAGCCAGCUAAUAUUUAUAUUUCAAGUCUAGCCAACUUGGAUCUAUUUGCUUGCUAAAAAGGCAGAACAGUUGAACUGUUAUGAAUAUACCCUCCUCUCCGUCUCCAACUGUGUGAACAACAUAGCGAUUCUGUUGGACCAAACCUCAAAUGCAAAUAGCUAGAUUAAACCGCUUGUUGUCAGAGAGGAAGAAGCUCUUUUGUCUUUUUGUUGUGAGUGGCAGGGGGAGGGACUUGGGGUCUGUGUGCGAGUAGAAAGGUGCACACAGCACAGAAGGAGCGAAGGAGACGAGACCAAAAAGACAGAAUGCUCAAAAACUAAAUAAAAAACGUGAUUCUUGUGAUACAGGCAUUUGGAACAUCGCGCUAAAACAUACAUUCGAAUUAAUUAUAUAUAUUGCGAAGCCCUAUAUAAAUAGCUUUAAUUGUGUCUAUUUGUGAUGCGCUGUUGGAGCCAUGGGGUGGAGGAAAACCACUACAAACACCAUAACUGAAGCACUCCCCAUGUUUCUCCACUCUGAGUAGUGCCCUUAAAGGUUGGAUCAAUGAGAGACAGACGUUCCCAUUAUGAGACAGUCGGGGAACCGUGUGGUAGUCAGACUAAUGAGGCCUCUGGCACCACUGAUGUCUUCUUAUCCACUCUCAGUUACUCACUGAUGGAACCACAUGAAAGCUUGUUAAUGGAGGUAGCCAUCACCCAUUGACAGCACUUGAAAUCCCCAUGCACAUGACUAUGGUGAGGUUUUGGCUAGAGCCUUAUAUCCUAGAAAACAAACGACUGGUAAGUAUAUAGGAGGAGCCUAUCUGUCUGUGUAUAUGUACUGAAGAUGCUGAAUGGGCUCCUAUUACAUCAACCUCCUACUGUAUCUUCCUCCUCCCUCCCCUCUGCAGUGUGCAACAGAGUCACGGACCAGUCGUUGACAUACUUCAAGCGCUGUGGAAGCAUCUGUCAUAUUGAUUUGCGCUACUGCAAGCAGGUGACCAAGGAGGGCUGUGAGCGGUUCAUUGCUGAGAUGUCAGUGAGUGUACAGUUUGGACUAGUAGAGGAGAAACUACUACAGAAACUCUGCUAG